AUGCCUCAUUUAACAUCCAGCUUUGCCUCCGCCGCUGCGGGCCAGAAUCGGGACUCGAGAGGAAGUGGACGGAGCGAUUCUUCUCGCGGGGCUGGAAGUGGUGAAUGGCCUCGCUCGAACGGCACUCGGACCUUUCGCCGACCCUCCACCACCCCAUUUAACCAGCCCUCUUCUACAGAUUCGGCAGACAUGUCACAACACACCGCCAACGAUCUCGCAAACAUGUCCUCCCACACGCCGCCUACCGCUCCCGACUCGCAGAGCCCCCGUCAAUACAACAAGGACAAAAUGUUGGAAGUUUACAAUAGCUACGACCCGUCCCAAUUCGAUACAUCGGCCAUUAUGCCCAACUGGAACCCAGAGCAAGUGAACGGGGGUCAUGCGCGGCCAUGGGGCAAGUCUUCCGACUCCCCUCAUGUGCCGCAGGACCCCAGUGUGUGUUGGGACGCGAGCGGGACGCAGCAGCCGAUCAGUUUCGAGGACAUGUCGGCAGAGGAGCGUGAGAUGUUCGCUACCGAUGUUAAUUCGACACUCAAGCCGCCCCAGCAGAACAAGGAAGGCGCUCAUCCAGGCCCUGGAGGACUCAACGGGCGGAAGGCUUCGAUCAGUGUCGGAAAUCCGACUCACCACCCGAACUCGUCGCCGUCCACUGCCUCCCGACCCGGCACCCGCCGACGGGAGACGGCCGAUACGAAUCCCUUUCCCGGCCAGUCGACUGCGUCUCCGACAGCGAACCGGUACGGCCGGGAGGAAUCCUGGCUUCCCCGUCGGAGCACCGAGCUGAAGGAAACGGUAUCCGACGAGCCGGAGGAGGAGACGAGCGCACGCGACGCCGCGCUCGGCAGACCUCAACAGCCCUUCGGGCUGCCACGCAGUAACACCACGGGUACCUCUGGCUUUGGUGGCCAGAGCUCUCUCUGGGGCCCUGCACCCGCGCCCGCGCCGACGAGCACCGGAAUCGGCGCCUUUGGCAAUUUUGCUCUCACGACCCCAGGCACCGGCGACAAGCGUUUUGGUGCUGCAGGGGGCAGCCGCCUUGCCCACCUCAUCCCGAAAGACUCGGUCGACGGUGCCGGCCCCAAGCCAAGCGAUGCUCCGAGCUGGCGGCCCCGUCAACGGACAGAUACGGACCCUUUUGCCGCCGACGACGGCUCUUCUGGAGGUGCCAUGUUGGGCGGAACCCACGACAAUAGCCCGCCCGCCACGGUUGGCCAUCAUCGCGGUGGUCUCUUUGACACCCCCGUCAAGGGAAACGCCGGGGAUUUUGGAAUGGCUGGCCUCAAUCUAGGCAAUCAUGGAGACGGCGCCGGCCCGGCGAGCCCAUCCGAAACCAACCCGUUUCGGAGCCCCAUGGCUGACCGCAGUGGAGACGGUCACAUGGACGCCGACGUGGACCGGCUCGUCCACCCCGGCCCCGGUUCUGACCAUCAAUCGAACUUCGGCACGUUUCCCCGCUCCUUCAGCGCGGCCGCGUUCGAUGGCAGCGACCGAAGCCAGACCUCGAGUGUAGGAGCUAAGGGCUUCGCCAACGUCAUGCCUCUCUCGGGCUGGCCUGCCGGUCCUUCGGCCGGCACACCCGACCGCGAGCGCGCCCCCUUCCAACAUCCCUUUCCCGGGGGUUUCCUCAAUUCGUUUAAUGACCUUCCAUCCCCCGGUCUGGGCGGGCUGGGCGGCGUGUUUGGGCCCCCCAGCGCUUCAAGGCUGGGACGUGGCAAGCUGGAGUCCCUUUUCCCUCCGGCCAUGCAGGCCCAGAUGCACAGCCACGACCAAGAUAGCCUGAGCGAUUCUAUGCCUGAUCUUCGUCAAGCCAACCCGCUCGGCGCCAUCGGCCGAAGUACCAUCGGCUUGCAGCGCGACACGGACAGUCCGGCGAGGUCUGGUAGGGGCGGCUUCGAAGACUUGAUCCCAACAUCGGACUCAGCCCGGUCACCCUUCUCGACGGUCGAGCAUGGCCCAUCCGGCCUCACUGCGACGACGCAGGCCCAAUCCUUUCCCACGACUGCCGGCGGUGCAUCAUUCCCAACCAGCCAGUCUGCCGAACCCGCGGCUGUUCGGACCAUGGUGAUGCCAGACAGGAUGCGUUGGGUCUAUCUGGAUCCCCAGGGCACAGUCCAAGGGCCGUUCAGCGGUCUGGAGAUGCACGAUUGGUACAAAAACCACUUCUUCACCCCCGAUCUCCGCGUCAAGCGUCUUGAAGAUAACGACUUUGAGCCGCUUGGCCAACUCAUUCGGCGCAUCGGGAACUCUAGGGAGCCGUUCCUGGUUCCACAGAUGGGUAUCCCCCACGGACCCCCUCCUUCGGGCGGACCGUUUGGCGGGCCUACCACCGAGGCUGUCCCGCCGCUCCCGAACGCAUUCCCUUCCUUCGGGCGAACCCUCACCGCCCAGCAACAAAACGACUUGGAGCGCCGUAAGCAGGAAGACCAGAUGUUUCACGCUCGGCAGCGGGAGAUGCACCAUCACAGCGGGUUCGGAAGACUGCCACCCAUCCAGCCCGGUGGCCUGCAUCACCACUCCAGUGCCCACAGCCUCCAGAGCCAGCCUAGCUUUGGAAGCAUGACGUCUCCGAUCGGGGUCACCCCUCAGCACUCCCUGGGCCCCAUUGCCCCGGCAGGCGGCUUUUUCGACUCGGCUCUUAACAUGGCUCCAGGCCCCGCCCAGGCACCGAUGGGGCCCGCCAGCGGCCAUUACCAGGAGCUGAACUUCAACGAGCGCCAGAUGCUAGCAAACAUGCCGUCGACCGGAGACCUCUCAGGCGCCUUUUCUGGGGCUCAAGCCCCUGGUGGCCCCGUGGGCGAGGGCAGCGGUUUGCGAAGCCAGCUCCCUAGCGUCGAUCAGCUCCAGAGAGACUCCGAGGGCUUUAGCGAAAGACUAGAGGAGUUCCACGAGCUGCGCGCUCAAUUUGACGCUGAGCAAGCCGAUGCUACCGCCGCCUCCGAGUCGAGAGAGAAUGGCGCAGAACAAUCGGAGAAAGCAAACGCGAACGUCACAGUGGAAUCCACACAGGAAGCUGCCGCGGCCGGUUCAGGAUCUGCCGAAGCGAGCAUGACCAGAACCCAAGCGGAGCUCACCCUUACGGAAAAGGUGCGCAAGACGCAAGCCGAUAACGCCAGAUCAGAGCCGGCGCCGGCUUCGGACCUCCCGAUGCCGUUCCCUCCGCCGGCACAAGCCACACCGCUCCCAGCUCCCACAGCCCAACGCCUGGCCUCCAAUCUGCCAGCUCGAUACGGCGACCGUUCUGGGUCGGGCAGCCCGGACACGACUUCGGACGGAGCCGCCCUCGCGCCGCCCCCCACCGCCCCCUGGGCCCCUCAGCCUGGCGCGGAGACACAAAAGGGCCCGAGCCUAAGAGAGAUUCAGGAGGCCGAGGCCAAGAAAGCGGCCAAAAAAGAAGAGGCGGCGGCUGCAGCGAGGAGGGCAGCCUUGGAGCAAGAAGUCGCGCUUCAGCGCGAGCGCGAGAAGGCAGCUGCGGCGGCGGCCAGCUCCGGCUUGCCGGCGGCGAGCACUUGGGGUACCGGAUCGCCGGUGGGUGCCCCCGCCGGUAGCCCGUGGAAACAACCUGCCACGCUGAAGACGGCGGUAGUUGCGGCGGCUUCUGGAAGCACGGCGUCUAAGAAGACGCUCGCCGACAUUCAGCGGGAGGAAGAGCUGCGGAAGCAGAAGACUGCGAAAGAGGCCGCGGCUGCCGCCGCUGCCACGCAGGCCAGCAUUACGCCGGUGCCCUCGAUCGGAAAGCGGUACGCCGAUCUCGCCAGUAAGGGCUCGGGGUCGCCCGGCCCUAUGGCGUCUGCAAUGGCUGCGCAGCCCGCCCAGAGCGGCGGUUGGGCAACGGUUGGCGCAGGCGGGAAGGUGAAGGCUCCGACGGGCCCUGCGGUUCAGAGCCGCUCCCCGAGCGUCGGCAACGCCAAGGGAACGUCGUCUCCCAUCCUGGCUAAGCCGGCGACCAGGCCGGGACAGACAACGACCAGGGACGCUAAGGACUGGGCGAUGGAGGAGUUCAAGAAGUGGCUGCACCGCGAGUUGGGUCGUGGCCUUAUUGGGGUCACAGACAUCGAACAAUUUGCUGUUGCCUUGUUGGAGAUGCCCCUGGAUCCCGCCAUCCUUUCCGAGGCUGUGUAUGGGAAUAGCACGACCAUGGACGGUCGGCACUUUGCUGAGGAGUUUGUCCGGCGCAAGAAGCUGGCCGACCGAGGCGUCGUAGAGAAGGAACCGGCUAGUGCGACGACCGAGGGCAAGAACAGCGGCUGGAACGAAGUGGCCAAGAAGGGCGGCAGCGGCAGCGGCAGCGGCGGUGCCAGCCUCUCGGCGGGCGGCAGCAGCUCCACCGCGCCCAGAGACGACAUCCCCGGCUUCCGUGUGGUCGCCAGCAAGAAGAACAAAGGCAAGAAAUAG